AUGUCCAUCUCUACGGGAUGCUGCAUGGAGCUAGCUGCUCCUGGUCACACCGUGCAACCAUCAUUUGGCCACGGGGAGCCACGUAUCUCUCCACCCCCCAAAGAUUGGGAUACCGACCCCAAAACAACGAAGGAGCUGUGGAUGACAGUAGCCACAAUCGCAAUGUCCAGCAGAGGCCCUGCGUCAAGGACCGCGGGCAGCAGGUCUGGCCGAGCCACAACCAAGACCGGCUCCGACGCCGGUAAACGAAGUACAUCGGCAUCUACCCGGAGCCUGUUUGAUCUCUCGGAGUCGCAGGUCACCCCCGAAAGCACUAUAACGAACGCUACACGGAGCAUCUCCCCCCGAAACGCCAAAUUCGCUAAACUCGUUCUAGAGCCUCGGGGGAUACUGAUUAACGAUACCAACUCGAUCGUGCCGAACGCAUUCUCACACUUUGGGACCGAGCAGCCUGAGGGUGAUGAAGCGAUCGAUUACAAAAUGGUUCCAGGUCUGAGCGGCGUCAACAUCUGGAUUACGCUCGAUGAUGAUGCUAUCAAAGAUAUCACCAACGAAUAUAAGGAGAUGAGGGGGCAAAAUUUAUGCGAGGAAGAAUUUGCCACACUGGCUAAAGAACUAUUCCUCCAUGGCGAGCGAAGAUCACGAUCGGUAUCUCAAGACCGGCAAUGGCGCGCAGAGCGCAUGCUGCAACUUGUAUGCCCUCCAAAGGAAAGCGCCCACUGGCGCAUCCCUCCCCUCUUGGAUGAAACACUCGCUCAAGAGACGGACUGGACGUGGGACAUCCGGCCGGAUUGCAGCUAUUGGCUAUCGCUCAAAGGGUUCAACGCAAAAUAUCGCUUUCACAUUCAAAAUGCCACUUAUGUCCGCGACUCAAUCACCUGUCCUUAUUUUACCGUUGAAUUCAAACGGGAUGGAGAGUCCGAAGAUGUUGCUGUGCGGCAGGCGUGUGCUGCAGGUGCCAUCGCUCUUUUCAAUCGCUACUCUCUACAUAUUCAGGCACGGAAGGUCAAUCCUGAACUUGCCGAUGACGUAUCGAAUAUUCGGCACUACACCCUCACCUUGGUUGGGCAUAAGUUUGUCUUUUGGGUCCUUCGACCUAUGCGCGACGAAUGCAAGAAGUGGACUGGUUGCGAAAUGACGAGGCUCUUUGGGGCGGAUUGUACAGAUGAGUAUGCGGUCCAAGAACUGGGGAAUUGGGUCAACGAGAUUCACAGAUGGGGGUUGUCGCGACAUGGUCCCAGCUGUGAGCGAGAUAUCAAGAAUGUUCUGAAUUCUAGCGGCGUGCGGACCUCUGAUGCGAAUGAAGCAAGCACUAGAUAG